AUGGAGCAUGUACCCGAGGAGGAGGGAGAGUUUGACGAGCACGAUAACGAGUCUCCUUUUGAUGAGGACGUUGAUUUGGAGGGCUGGGAUGACGCGGAUGAUGGCGUGGGUGAUGACGUGGUUGGCGCUGACGUGGAUGAGGGCACGGAUUACACAGAAGGUUGGGAUCCGGAUUUUGAUCUGGGCAGCAUUUUUGCGUACGAGAGGGAAGGUUCCGCGAUGGUGCCGCUGCCAGAGAGGGAAGCGCGAUUGGUGGACGCGUUGCUGACGUGGAUGGAGAAGCAUGGGGACCAAUCGGUGGAAGGGGGUGUACGAUCGAAGAUCCAGGUCCUAGCCAUUUCCUCUCCUGCCUUCUACUCCUGCGCGCCCCCCUUUCCCCCGCUCCCCCCGCGCCUCCCCCUGGGCAUCCUAGCCUCCGCCACCACCCCCGCUGGCUCCCCCCUCGCCUCCAUCCCCUUCCCCCUCUGGCUCUCCCGACUGCACGGGGGGUGGGAUUUCCGCACCAACCGCCCCGCCCCUCCCCCGCCCGCCCCUUACAAGCACGCUGGCGACGAUGUGACUGUAGCCGCGUGGCUGUUAAGAGAGUGGAGGAAGGGUAAGGAGUCUUUUUACUCCCCGUGGAUUAAUCUCCUGCCGGGGUAUGUGCCGCUGCCGAUUUUCUGGGAUGAGGCGAUGCUGGGGGAGCUGGAUAGUGGGGAGGCUAUAGAGAGAGUAGAGGAGGCGAUUAGGUAUGUUGAGGAGGCGUUUUCUCUUUGUUCUGAUGAGAGUAUCGCGGGUGCUUCUAUGGAUGAAUUCAAAUGGGCGGUUGCGAUCGUGUGGUCGCGAUCCGUGCCGAUCUCGGCCGUUGGUUUGAAGAGAAGGGGGAAAAGGGGGAGGAGGAAAAGGAGGGGGGGAGGAGGGAAGGGAGAGCAGGAGGAGGAGGAUGAGGAGGAGUUUUGGCAGUAUAUGGAGGAGGCGGAGAGGGAGGAUGAGGAGGGAGAGGGGGAGGGAGGGGAGGGGGCGGAAGGGGAGGAGGUGCACAUGCUGCUGCCGCUGCUGGAUCUCUUCAACCAUGAGUUCUACUACACGGCAGACUGGCAGCCCACUAUCCACUCCUCCACUGCUGACAUCAACAUCUUUGCUGCUGACGUCAUCUCUCCAGGCCAGCCAAUCAGCGUGGGCUAUGGGUCCAUGGACACCGCCCAGUUCCUGCUGCUGUACGGCUUCGUGCCGCCCAACAACCCGUUUGACCGGUUCGUCCUUUUUGAAAACGCCGAUGCACUUCUUGACUACUACGAGACGAAAUAUCUUGCUGCCACGUCAGGAGGAUCAAUGGGAGAUAAAGACACAUCAGGAGCAGAAGGGACGGAGGGAGGAGGAGAAGGAGGAGGAGGAGGAGGAGGAGGAGGAGGAGGAGGAGGAGGAGGAGGAGGAGGAGGAGGAGGAGGAGGAGGAGGAGGAGGAGGAGGAGGAGGAGGAGGAGGAGGAGGAGGAGGAGGAGGAGGGGCAGCAGCAGAAACAACGGGUUCUGAUGCUGGUACUGUAGCUGGAACUGAUGUUAAUAAUGAAUCAGACUAUACUGAGAAAUACCCGUGGCUGACUAGUUCGUUCGACCGGGACUCGGCUGCAGCUUCGGUAACCGCCGCCAUAGCUGCGGUGGAGGCUCGGCAGGCGGACUACACAGCCGAGCACGACUUGGAUCGGCAGCUGCUAGGCAUGGCAGCAGGGGCGGUGGCAGGUUCGGAAGCACUAGCAAUAGGCAGGGAGGGGUAUGUGGAUGCACGGCUGCUAGCUGCUCUGGCUGCUAUCGGCAUGCCAACACAUGACCCUGCGUUUGAUUUCCAUGUCUUAGCCGAGUCCAUUCUUCGCCUUGUGUUUCGAGACGGUGUCACCUGUGGCACUCUCAAGCAACAGCAGACAUAUCACCUGGCCGUCUUAGAAGCAGCAGGAGCGGAGGGCGCAGCAGGAGGGGAGGGAGUAGAAGGAGGGGAGGGAGUAGAAGGAGGGAAGGAAGCAGCAGGGGCAGGGGAGGGUAGUGGUAAAGACAGACCACACAGUAAGGCAGUGGAGGCAGCUGCACGCUCAGCAAUGCUUGCAGGCUCCAUCGUACGAGCUGCUGACGUGUUACGUAACAUUCUGCGCGCCACACUACCCGGAUUCAAGAGCACGUUCACAGAGGAUUAUAACCUGUUAACGAAGACGCUUGUAGAGGAUGCAUCGUGUGACAUGGGAGACCGGGGAAGGAGAGGCAACAGUGGUGGUAGCAGUAGGAGCAGCAGUAGGGACAACAGCGGCAGCGGUGGGGGUGACUGGAGGGAAGAAGAUGUGGGGGAAAGUGAAGGGGCAUGUGGGGUCCCUAUGUUGCAACUCCCAGAGGAGAAGGUUCAGGCUAUUAAGUUCCGGCUCUCAGCUAAGCAACUGCUAUUGCGGGCACUUAGCUUCUUAGAAGAUGUGUGUCCAGAAGAGGGAAUGUAUGAUGCUGAUUAUGCUACCGAGUCAGAUAUUACAGAGGAUGACAAUGCCAGUAGUGAUAGUGAUUGA